CUGAUGAGAGGAGCAUGCUUGCACAUUAUGCAACUAAUAUACCGCUGAAUGUGUUCGGACGGACGCAGCGUGAAGCUCUCAGGAAUGUUAAUGGCUGUCUGUGUAGUUUUUCAGUUUACAUUAAUUCACAUGAAGACAUUUAAUGCAUGCAAAGUUGCUAAUUAUGACUUUCGAAGCUUUAAACCCUGGAGAUGCCUUCAAGUUGGGCAUUUUAGGAAUUGUUGAAAAGAGGUCCCUGGAUGCCCCACGGUGCCUUGUCCUUGGCCGCCCGGUGCUUCCCAAUGGCCGGGAGUUGACCCCGCCCACCAGGAUGACGCUGCGCGAGCAGCUAAGGGAGAAGAUCUCGGCGGCCUUCUACCGCCACGGGCUGCUGUGCGCCUCCUACCCUGUACCCAUCAUCCUCUUCACAUCUGCUAGCAUCCUCACCUGCUGCUAUCCGUUGUUGAGGCUUCCUCUGCCUGGGACGGGUCCUGUGGAGUUCACCACAGGGGUGCGAGACUACAGCGUCCCUUCCCAUGAGCCACAGGGAGACUUCGGAGAACGGCCCGACUGGUAUCGAGGUCCUCCGGUUGCCUACAUCCAGCAGGUGUUGGUGAAGGCGGCGGUGUCUCCGUGGGAAAGCAGCUUGGUGCCGGUGGACAUGUUCAGGUCGCCGCUGGGCCAAGUCUUCAGCCUGCUGGAGGAGAUCCGCAACCACGUCUACUCUGACAGCUCCGGGGUUCGGAGUCUGGAGGCGCUGUGUCUCCAGGUGACGGACCUGUUUCCAGGGUUACGGCGGAUGCAGUCGGUGCUGCCAGAGCACGGCUGCCUGCUCGUUUCUCCCGGAAACUACUGGCAGAACCAGCGGGAGCUUUUCGACUCGGACCCCGACCUCCUGAAGACCAUCCAGAAGCACGAACCGAAAGGCCUGCACACCUCGGCCACGCUGCGAGAUCUGCUGUUUGGCGUUCCCGGGAAAUACACAGGUGUCAGUCACUACAACAGGAAGAAGGUCGUGACUUACACGAUCACUGUGGUGCUGUCCAGCUACGAUGCAAGGUUUCUCGGCAGCCUGCGGUCUCGCCUGAAGCAGCUCCACCCGUCGGCCAACUGCAGCCUGAGAGACGACCACAUGGUUCACGUCCACUUCAAGGAGGAGAUCGGCAUCGCUGAGCUCAUCCCCCUCGUCACCACAUACAUCAUCCUUUUCGCCUACAUCUACUUCUCCACACGUAAGAUUGACAUGGUGAAGUCUAAGUGGGGUCUGGCUCUGGCUGCUGUGGUCACAGUCCUCAGCUCUCUGCUCAUGUCUGUGGGACUGUGUACACUGUUUGGACUGACACCCACGCUCAAUGGAGGUGAGAUCUUUCCGUACCUUGUGGUGGUGAUCGGCCUGGAGAACGUCUUGGUCCUCACUAAGUCUGUGGUGUCCACGCCCGUCGACCUCGAGGUCAAACUCCGCAUCGCUCAGGGCCUUAGUAAUGAGAGCUGGUCUAUCAUGAAGAACAUGGCCACUGAAUUGUGCAUCAUCCUCAUUGGAUAUUUCACUCUGGUUCCAGCUAUCCAGGAGUUCUGUCUGUUUGCUGUCGUCGGCUUGGUGUCUGACUUCUUCUUGCAGAUGUUCUUCUUCACAACAGUACUGUCUAUAGACAUCCGCCGCAUGGAGCUGGCUGACCUGAACCGCCGCCUCCCAGCUGAAGCGGGUCUCCCUCCGCCUAAGCCGGGCCCGCUGCGCACACGUGAAGUCCCCCCUCCCCCGCGUCCCUCCCCUCACACCAUCACCCUGCAGACCCCCGCCUUCAGGAACCUAAGGCUUCCCAAGAGGCUGCGCGUGGUCUACUUCCUGGCCCGCACCCGCCUGGCUCAACGUAUUAUCAUGGCCGGCACGGUGAUCUGGAUCGGCAUCCUCGUCUACACCGACCCAGCCGGGCUGCGCACCUACCUGGCUGCCCAGGUGUCGGAGCAAAGCCCUCUGGGAGACACUGGAGGAGGCGGCCUGCCCCAUCACCUGGGGGUGGCACCCGUCUUCCGUGGAGGAGAUCCUACCAGCACCCUCAGCGUCCACCCUGCGCCAGAUCCAACCCCCUUACCCGAGAACCAAUCGCAGGGCCACCACAGCGCAGCCAGGGCGGCGCCGCUCCCUCAGGCUCCGCCCACCGCGCCUCAGAUCACCUGGGGGUCGGAGGAUGAGGAGGGCUGGAGGAGACUCUCCUUCAGGCACUGGCCGUCGCUCUUCGGCUACUACAACAUCACUUUAGCAAAGAGGUACAUCAGCAUCUUACCCGUCAUUCCCGUCACCGUUCACCUGAGCCCACAGGAGGCCAUCGAGACGCGUCACCCUCAGGACACGAGGCACCCGCCGCCACCCAUUCCCAAAAUCUCUGCAGAUCUACAGACGGACCUCACCCUCUACAAGGUGGCAGCUCUGGGUCUGGCGGCGGGCGUCCUGCUGGUUCUGCUUCUCUUCUGUCUCUACCGGGUUCUGUGUCCGAGGAACUACGGGCAGAACGGUGUCUCCCAUGGGCGCCGGCGCCGAGGGGACCUGCCCUGCGAUGAUUACGGCUACUCUCCGCCCGUCAGCGAGAUCUCACCGCUGCUUCUGAGGGGCCACAGCAUGGACAUCGAGUGUUUGGCCAGUGACGGGAUGCUGCUGGCCAGCUGUUGUCUGGCGGGACAGAUUCGGGUUUGGGACGCUCAGACCGGAGACUGUCUGACUGUCAUCCCAAACCACGGUCUGCGGCGGAGCAGCAGCAACGGUUGCUGGGAUCAGCGUGAUGGCUGGGACAACAUGAGCGGAGCCGCAGAGUCCGAGUGUUUGGGCUCGGAGGGUCGUGACGCCUCUGUCUGCGGCGACGGCCUAUCAGAGGACGAGGGCUACCCGCUGAGACGCCGCACCACCCCCGCCCGGCCCACCCUGUUCACUGACCAACCCGAUCUCACCCCGCUCAUCGACACCAACUUCACCUCGCAGCCUCCCUGCCACCUCGCCACUCCGCCCAGAGGAGGAUUCGACUUCGGAGGCCUGGUGGAGCGAGCGUACAUGGAGCACGAGCCCCCCUCGCCCUCCGCGUACCCGUCUCCUUCCUCCGCCUCGUCCUCGCCGCCCUCGGGUGCUCCACUGCAGAGUUUUGGGGACGCGGGAGCUCCGGUGAACCAGGAGAGGGCGUCGGCAGCAGGAGGGGGGGCGCAGGCGACGGCGGACUGGGAGAGCUCAGUGUGGGCGAUGGAGCUGAGAGGAAACCUGAUCGCUGCUGGGAGGAGCAGCGGGAAACUGGAGCUGUGGGACGCAGUGGAAGGGUCGUUACGCUGCAGUAAUGAAGACGGCGUCUCGGGGAUCACAGCUCUCGCCUUCCUCAACAACAGGAUCGUAGCGGCUCGGCUGAACGGGUCUCUAGAUUUCUUCACCGUUGAGAUGAACAAACCUCUGGGUUUACUGCAGUACAGAGGUGCCCCCGGGCGAGGCAGCAUGCCCCCCUCUCCCUGUUACAGCAGCGAAGACGUGAUCAGCUGCCAGCUCACGCGCUCGGUGCAGUGCGCUCACCAGAAGCCAAUCACGGUGCUGCGAGCGGCGGCCGGACGGGUGGUGACCGGCAGCCAGGAUCACACUGUCCGGAUUUAUCGUCUGGAGGACUCGUGCUGCCUCUUCACCCUGCAGGGUCACUCUGGAGGGAUCACAGCCAUUUACAUAGACCAGACAAUGGUUCUGGCGAGCGGAGGGCAGGACGGCGCCAUCUGCCUGUGGGACGUGCUGACGGGGAGCCGGGUCAGCCAUGUUUACGGUCACCGUGGCGACGUCACCUCGCUGGUCUGCACCACCUCGUGUGUCAUCAGCUCAGGACUGGAUGAUCUCAUCUGUAUCUGGGACCGCAGCACCGGGAUCAAGCUCUACUCCAUACAGCAGGAGGUGGGCUGUGGAGCGAGUCUAGGAGUGAUCUCAGAGUCUCUGCUGGUGACGGGGGGCCAGGGCUGCGUCUCCUUCUGGGACCUGAACUUUGGGGACCUGCUGCAGACUGUCUACUUGGGCCAGAGCAGCGACGGCCAGGGAGUCCGCCAGCUGCUGGUGCUCGACAACGCCGCCAUCGUGUGCGACUUCGGCAGCGAGCUGAGCCUGGUGUACGUACCGUCGGUGCUGGAGAAACUGGACUGAGAUGGACGGACGGACGGACGGACGCACGCGGCGGUUUUAACGUCAGUGGGAGCACGCGAAGAAAAACAAACUCAGAACAUUCUCUUCAUCAUUGCGACUUUCCCGCUGUUUCUUUUUUGCUCUUUUUUUUGUUAGAUCA